UAGAAAACACACGGUCAAUAUUUCAUUAGAAUAAAGUAUUUGACAGUCAAACUGAAAAACUUUAUGUUUCUUUAAAUACAAUUUAAAUUAGAUGUUUGUCGGAGUUAUAGGAUUUUUUGAAUAGCUAUAGCAACCUAGUAAUUUAUUUAAAUAAAUAGAAUAAACAUUUGCCGGGUAAUUUUUGAUAAUUUAUUAAAAAAUAUUAAGAUUUUUUUAUUAUAAGUGAGCUCAUAAUGUUGGGUAAAUUAGAAGUGGAUAAAAUCGUCAAAAGAAAAUGUAAAAAUAAAAGUCAAAUUUCUACUCAGUCAAACAAAAAACGUCGAAAGGUAUAUCCUCAGCAUAAUGAUCAUUCCUAUGUCAAAAAUAUAAUAAUUGACCUUGUUAAUGAUGAUUGUCUGAGUGAAAUAUUCAUGUAUGUGCCAAUAUGUGAGAGACCGAAAAUUGCACAAGUAUGCAAAAAAUGGAAUAGAGUUGUUUGUUCUUAUUGUUUUAAAGUAAAAACACUUGUACUAUCUCAUUGGGAAUACGAUCGUCCUAAAAACAUUUUAGAGAAAUUCAAAAAAAGUGAGAAAAAAUUUAGUUUCCUAAGAUCACUUCUUGAUAAAUCUUGCACAUAUUUAACAGAAUUAGAUUUGGUGGCCUAUGAUAAUUCUAACAUAGUGCCUUUGCUUGAUGAAUUUUGUCCAAACCUUGUGAAACUUCGACUGAGACUGAAAUAUUUUUUUGUUAAAGAUUUAGAGAAUGCAUUUUCACGUAUGUCUAAACUAAGAGUAUUAAAAAUUAUAUUUCAAGGUUUUUGUCGAAUACCUGUAAUUCUACUUGUUUCAUUGAAAAACGUUGUAAAUACUUUAAAUGAACUCACCGUGAUAAAUCAGAGCAAAGAUAUAUUUACACUUUGUCGAUUCCCAAACAUACUCGUGGCUUUGAUUCGUCAAUUCAAAGCACUGCAAAAAAUUGAAACUGGUGGUAUGUUGAUUACCAAACGUAUGUAUGGGGCUAUUGUUGAUGCUAAAUUAAAUUUUUAUUAUCAUGAACACGUUUAUGGUAAACUAAACAACGUUAUGAAUCGUGAGUUGACUAGUAUCACAGUAAUUACUUUGUCCGAGAAAUACGAAAUUACAGAUGAUAAUUUAUAUAAUCUUGCCAAUAGCUUCAAGUUCUUGACAAGGUUAACUGCAAAUUGUUCAUUGGUAACCGAUGUUGGUAUACAAGCAAUUACAAAGAUGAAACAUUUAGAAGACCUUUUCCUAACUGGUGAAAAUUACGUCACUGAUACUCCAUUAAAAUUGCUCAAAGGGAUGAAAAGAUUGGAACUACCAGACAGUUAUAAAAUAACUAACAAUUCUAUUAAAAAAAUUUUGGAAAAUUCACCGUAUAUGUACGAAUUGUCGUUUAAAAAUACAAGUAUAACUCCUGAAUUUUUAACGAUAGUAGAGAAAGUAUCAGAAAAACGUAAAAUAAAUAUGAGAUUAUAUGUUCAAUUUCCUGGUCGUUGUGUGAGUGUAAUUGAACGUCAAUAUUUGUACGUUCAUUGUGUCUGCGGAGCGAUACAUUGAGAUAUAGUCAAAAAUUAUAAUAUAUA